AUGCCAACACAGAAACGUCAUCCAUUCGUUCAUUUGGCCGCGACGGUACGUUUUUAACUAGUAUUAUUUAAAAUUUUAAAAAUUUUAAAAAGUUGAAAAUUUUUUAAAAUUUUUUUGUAGUUUCAGGCAGUACAAGCCUUGUAAAUAAAGUUUUUGUAUUUUUGUAUAUUUUUAAAGUAACUGUUUGGAGUCAUCGUAUAACUUGUCACCCGCAGCCUGCAGGUUGGAAAUAGCUUAAAAAAGGGCGAUUUGGUGAUUUGUAAAGAAAGUUUUGUCUAUUUUAUGUUUUGUAAACUAAGUUUUUGCUAAUUUUUAUAAAAAAAACAAAUUAUUGUUUGCCUGCAGCCUGCGGGUGACAUGUUAUACGAUAAUUAUUAUUUUCUGUUUUGUAAAGAAAGUUCUUGCCAUUUCUCAUUUUGUAAAGAACGUUAUUGCAAUUUUUUAUUUUGUAAAUAAUUAUCUUGCUAUUUUGUCUGCUGUAAAUAAAGUUUCUGCAAUUUCAGAUAUGCAGUACAGCAAGCACGGUACUGGGGUAUCCCCAACGAGAACGAGUACUAGGACACGACCAAAUGAGUCCGGUCGAACGAUUUCUAUACGGGCAACAAGCACUAAUACACACUUUUGGUACUCCCGAAUCUUGUGCACGAAAUUGCCCGAGGGCAUGUACUGUGCAGGAAGUUGAAGACCUCAUGAUGCCUAGAUGGAUUUGCCCUUCCAAGGUAAAAUACGUUUUUUAAAUGUCACUGAACAAAAAAUCCUGUUUUAAUACGGGGGGACAAAUUUUAUGUAGAUUUUUGUUCUGUAAACAAAGUUAUUGCGGUUUUUCUAUAAAGGUACUAAAACUCUAAAUUUAAAAAAAAAUUGUAAAGAAAGUUUCUUCCAACUCUCGAAAAUACUCAGAAACACAAUUUUACGUCAUUGUAAACAAAGUUAAUGCCGAAAAAUUAAUUUCUGCACCGUGCAGCGACAUUUGUCUUCUUUGCACAGUGCGAAAGCGCGUUCCCGUCCGAUCUGGCAAGUUAAGCAACGGUGCGCUUGAUUAUAAAAAGUUCGUGGAACACUGGAUGGAAACAAAGUUUUUGGGGUUUUUAGAGUACUGGAAAAAAGUUUUUGCAUUUUUGGGGUUUUUUUAGUGAUAAAUAAUGGCAAUUUUUGGUUGUAAAAAAGUCCUUGCAGUUUUCUAUCUAAACUAUUUUUUUUAAUUUUUGUGUAAGAAAAGUUUUUGCUAAGAUUUAAAAAUGCUAUUUUCAGCCGGAUGACACAAGCAGUAUGUCGCUGACGCCGUCGCUGCGCGACAGUCGCGACCUUGGUCAGGAUUUGUUCAUGUUCUCAUCGCAAUAUCUCCUCAUUCUAGUGCCAUUGGCCAUGUUGUUGGCCAUUAUUUUAUUGAUUGUUUGGUGUCGACGAUAUUCGAAUUCGUCGUUUGAUUAA